AUGCGAGGCCCAGGCGCUAACAGGUGGUUCUGUUGGUUUCAGGGCUCGGGAUGGACUUCCUUUUUUCUCUUCUCGAUUUAUUUGGGGUUUGUGGUCACUGCUGUGGCUCUGCUCUGCAUCUGCUCGGGAAGGAAGGAGAGUUUCCUUGUGAGAAGUGGCAGCGUGCAGGUGUUGUCAUUUGUAGUCCCCACACAGCUCCAGAGCGUGACACAAAGGGAGCUUGACAGGCUCUUCCACACAAGGAGCUGUUUGUUUGUUGGCCUGCACAUAGCCUUGCAAGCUGCAGUGUAUGGGGAGUACACGUGGGAAGUGUUUGUUUACUGCUGGGAGCUGCAGUUCCACCUCCUCCUCCUGCUGCUGCCCUACCUGCUGCUGGCUGGGAACAUGGGCUGCUUCGUUCUCUGCUCCCGGGCUGAUCCUGGUAUAAUAACAAAAUCAAAUCAUGCAUCAUUGGUUAAGAUUUAUGCAUAUGAUGGUGUAUUAUUUCAGAAAGGCGUCGUGUGUCCUACCUGCAACAUGGAGAAGCCAGCCAGGUCAAAGCAUUGCAGUUUCUGCAAUAUGUGUGUGCAUCGCUUUGAUCACCACUGUGUGUGGGUCAACAACUGCAUUGGUGCCUUCAAUGCCAAGUAUUUCUUCCUCUACCUCUGCACCCUGACUGCCAUGGCUGCCACCAUCGCAGCCAUCACAGCAGCGUUUCUCACCCGAGUCGUGCUGCUGACAAAUAUGAUGCAGGGGAGUUACAUUGAUGACCAAGGACAAGAGCACGCUGUUGAGAUUCUCUUCCUUAUUCAGCACCUUUUCUUGACUUUUCCUAGGAUUGUCUUCAUGCUUGGUUUUGUUAUUCUUCUCACGCUCAUCCUGGGUACAUACUGCUGCUUCAAUCUCUACUUGGCCUUAACCAACCAAACUUCCAAUGAAUGGUGUAAAUCCAGAAGAUACGGGUGUUCCCGCCAUCUGACAGUGCAGCCUCAUGACAGACAAGUUGUCUACAAAAACAUUUAUUGUAAAGGAGUCUGGAUGAAUUUAAAGGAAAUCUUUAAACCUCUUACAGUGUUGGAAAGAAAGAAGAAAACAUGA